GGGACGCCAGCAACAGUCCUACGAAGACAGUGAAAUUUUCGAGGGAUUCUGCGAAGAACGUACCUCCUUGUCCGGCGUUCUCUGAUGCAUUCGAACAUUGAGUGUUCUUGAAAUUUCGCCUGGCUCAAGCGUACCGUAUCUUUGGUGAGCAGAUUGGUUCCUCGUAACAGGAAGUGUCUUCAUCAUGCAACGCAGCAAUGUAUGACCUCGACGCAGGUGUUGCUGGACAUAUUACUCCUCCCUCUCGUAGGCCAUGAAGGUAGAAUACAGGAUGAGGAAUCUGCACCCAUUCGGUUUUUCAACAAGACUGCAUGCUUCACUAAUUCACCGGCUUGUGAAGCUCGCCCAGAUGUCAUCUGUGUUGCACAUUCGCACACUACGUAUGGCAUGGCGUUCGGCACCCUUAGGGUGCCGCUUGAUCCCAUCACUCAGGACAACUGUGCUUUUUAUGAAGUAUUUCGCCUCCAUCGUUCUUAAAAGAGAUCUUAGUCGAUGAAUACUUAGGAUCAUAUGAUAUUCGGCGAAACUCGCGGCGUCGUCGAUGACGGCAAGGAAGGUUUGGCUAUAUCGGCUGCUAAUAUUCCAAGCUGCUAUCCUCUAGGUAUAUUUUAGAUUUCGGUUGCACGUUCUUACCUGCUUAUCAUGCCCUUCUGGUAGAACCAUGGCCUACUUGUUGCCACCGAGUCGAUUGGAUCUACCGUUCACAUUUUCAUCUUUGGAGAAG